GGCUUCAAAACCAACCCGCCAUCUGGGCGACGGACGCAGUUUGUUCUGACGGGAACUCGGCGACGCAUCGAUCUUUUUUUUUUUUUUACGCACAGCACGAACGCGGAGAAUACGUCAGAGUCCGAGCGGCUCUUUGUCACAUUAUGAUGCUUUCACGUGCAGCACGCGACUGGGUGCAGUUGUGAGUUUUCUUUUUUGUUUUUUUCUUCUUUUUGGACCGAUAAACACUUUUCCCCGGACCCGCAGCGUUGAUUCGUCUCUCGCUUUCCACCGCGCGUAAAAACCGGUCUGGCGCGUCAGGAGGCACCAAAACCCGCGGAGUUUUGGAGCUCGAGCGUCGAGAUGGAAAACUUUACAGCGGCAGCUCCGGGGCUCAACGGCACUUUAGGGUUGUGGACGGACUACAGCCUCCAGUUCAAAGUGAUCAGCAGCGUACUGCUCCUCGUGAUCUGCGCGUUAGGGUUAGUCGGCAACGUGAUGGUGGUGCUGGUGGUGCUCACGACCAAACACAUGAGGACUCCGACCAACUGCUACCUGGUGAGUCUGGCGGUGGCCGAUGUGAUGGUGCUGACCGCGGCGGGUAUGCCGGCGAUCACCGACAGCCUCUUUGGGUCGUGGGUGUUCGGCCACUACGGGUGCCUCUGCAUCACCUACUUCCAGUACCUCGGGAUCAACGCGUCCUCGUGCUCCAUCACCGCGUUCACCAUAGAGCGGUACAUCGCCAUCUGCCAUCCGAUUAAAGCGCAGUUCCUGUGCACGCUGUCCCGAGCCAAAAAGAUAAUCUUGUUCGUGUGGGCGUUCACCUCUCUGUACUGCGUGAUGUGGUUCUACCUGUCGGACAUCGAGCAGCUGGUGUACGACAACGUCACCAUCGUCGUGUGCGGCUACAGGGUGCCCAGGAAGUUCUACCUGCCCGUUUACUUCUUCGACUUCGGCGUGUUCUUCGUGCUGCCGCUGCUGCUCUCCGCGGUCCUGUACGGCCUCAUCGCCCGGAUCCUCUUCCUCAACCCGCUGCCCUCCGACCCCAAAGACAAGAAGAAGAAGAAGAACGGACCGAAUGACGGCGCCAACAACAAGAGGACCAGCUGCAAAAACUCGCGCCACUCCAGCUCCACCGCGACCUCGCGCAGACAGGUGACCAAGAUGCUGGCCGUGGUGGUGAUCCUGUUCGCCGCGCUCUGGAUGCCGUACCGCACCCUGGUGGUGGUCAACUCCUUCCUGGACCGCGCCUACCUGGACAGCUGGUUCCUGCUCUUCUGCCGCGUCUGCAUCUACCUCAACAGCGCCAUCAACCCGGUCAUCUACAACGCCAUGUCGCAGAAGUUCCGCGCCGCCUUCCGCAAGAUCUGCCGCUGCGGGAGGAAAGGCUCGGACAAGCCCGCCGCCUACAGCGUGGCCCUCACGUACAGCGCGGUCAAGGAAACGUCGAUGGUGGAGAGCGCCGACCACUUCACCACCGAGCUGGAGGAGCUCACCGUCACGGACGAGCUGCUGUCGGACCAGAAGAUGAUGUUCCCGGACCCAUGUGCGUACAGGAAGGUGGAUUUCAGCGAUGCUUGAGGUUCGUUCAAAGCCAGACGGACGAUUUCAGGAGGGCCAAUCGACGAUUAAGGAGUUUGAAAAUGUCACUUAAUGGAUUCUGCUAAGUGGGAAUAUUGUUCUCCGAGGGCCUGCUGACCUUUCCAAAGCCGGGCUGCUUUGAAUGGACAUGUAAACAUAGAUCACAGCCACUGAUGCGUAAUGAGAGUCUCGAUCCACAAGGGCCGAGAAUGAUCCCGGACAUUGUAAAGCAACAAACGACAACAGAUAAGCUCUUUGUUAUUCACAGCUGUUGUCUCAUGUCUCACCUGCCAACGUGAUAAACUGCGUGUGUCAACGAAAACAUAAAUGUGAACAGAAACACCAUGCCCACUUCAGAUAUAUGGUGUCGAUGCCAUGAUCAAACUAGAAACUAGAAGAAUAACGCCAACGAGUCCGGCUCGGGAGAGCAGAAUUCAUUCCUCAAGUUCUGAUUCAACGUUUUCCAAGAGUGGAAUUCAGGCUGGGUCGUAUUCCUCAGCAUUAUACAGGCUUUGGGGAUUUUAGGCUGAGAAAAAAAGUUUAUUUUCACACAAAAAAAAGCAGCUUUAAUAACCGUUUGCCACCCGCCCUCCCUGAUGUUUUCAGGGCAGACAGCCUAUUAAAGGGUGAGUCAUGCCUGAACCUUCACGGACAUAACUGGCUCUAGUUUUCAUUGCGAAGGACGAGUCCUCGGAACGCAAUGUGAAAACCAAGACAGACUGUGCCGAGUGUGUUCUGGAGGCCAGGGGGUUUGUGUCUUUGCAAAGAUCUCUUGAUGGUUUGUGGAGAUGGGGAAGCAGAAGUACAUAUGAAUUCAAAAAGUGCCAUAAUGAUGUUUAUUGUGUCAUUUUAGCUCCCACAGCAUCUAUACCUGUUUUUAAUAAGGCAUACUUUAUAAUGGAUUUAUAACUUGUCACUAAUUGCUUUCAGCCCCC